UUUGGCGCCAUAAAGUUGAUUGUUGUGAUGGUUAAGAUAGCUAGUGGGUUUAAAAAGAAAGCUGACAACGAAUCAGAGAUCAGCGCAACAUGUUUUACAAUUACCAGUUACUGUGUUAUGCCAAGAAGGGGAAAUUCUCUGUCAUAUGGCUUGCAGGAAACCAUAAAAAACUGUCUCAGAAACAGAUUAUGAGUGUAAAUAUUGAAGUAUCAUGUAUGGAAAUUAUACAAACAGUGAAGACGUCUAGUAGAGACAAAAAUGAACGUUUUUCCUUAUAUUUGUCAUCAGUUCUCAUGAAUGGCUUGUGCAUAAUAAAGAACAGACAAUGUGAACUGCUCCUUGACCAAGUGAAGGACUGGUUUAUGUUUCAAGUGGCUGCAAAAACAUUGCAUGAAGACUUGUCUGUUCGUUGGACUAUUAGUACGGAUAAGAGGCGGACCAAACGGAAGAAGAGAGAAAUUGAGGAAGUAAGUGCUGACUUUGUAGCACAAGCACUUCGUGAACUACAGUCAUAUCCUUCUCUAUCUCCAUCACACUAUCCUCAGCAAGUGGAGCGAGAAAUAUCACUACAGCCAGAACGAACGCCAAUAGUACCAUCAGCACAGACCCAGGAAAAGGCUAUAUUAAUGAGCCUUGUGCAUGAAGAUGAUGAUGAAAUUAUACAGAAAUUAGACAAAAUAUUUGGCCAGCAAGAAGUUACAGAAGAGGAACAGAGGUCGGAGCCAAUAGAUGGGAGACGUCAGAUUCAUUCUCUGUUGGAGGAUUUGAACCUGAGUGGAAUGUCGUCAGACAAAAAUGAAGAGUUUGCUUCCUCUUCAACAAAAAAAAUUGUACAAUUUGAAGAUGAAAGUAAUGAUGAUUUCAUCUCUGAUGAAAUGUGUGAGCCUGUCUUAGCAUCAUGCUCUUUAUUUCAGAAACCUUUGUCAGUUCAGAGUCCUGCUCAGUAUUUCUCCGAAUAUUUCAGUGAAACAUUGUUUGAAGCUGUUGCAAAGGGCACAGACAUAUUACCAGUUGGCGAAAGCUUGCUUGUUCCACGUGAAACAGAUACUGCAGCAGACCUAGAAGCCCAGGGAUUGCCAAGAAGGACAACAGAUAAGGCACCGAGUAUGGAAGUUGUUCGGCACACGGAAACACCACCAGCAGUAGCAAUAUUUACUGAUGUGCAGCAGCCAUUAAUGACAGAAGAUCAGAGGUCUUCUUCCAUAUCAUUAGUUCAGCCACCUGCACCACUUCUACAAAUACCUGAAGCUGAAGAAAAUUUAGCCAUCCAGUCUCUUGAAGAAUCAGUUCCAGCACCAGCUGAUGGGGCCCUUGCUCAUAGACCUGAAGAUUUAGAUGUUACUCGGCCAAGAAAAAGAAUGAAGCGUUCCUUGCCAAGAGAAAGAGUGAUGCAUCACGUACCAAUUAUAGACAGACAAACAGAAUUGACUUUUACAAGACAGAAUCUGGAUGUAGAUGUGCACAAAGAGUAUGAGGAUGUUUUCAGCAGCCUAAUGGAGCUUCUUCCUCCUAUGGAAGAGCCUGUCAAGAAUUUUUUACCUCUUAGUCAAGAUGAAGUGAGAUUGUUGGGUGUUGCAUUAUAUGGUGUCACUGAAACUAUGUAA